AUGUCUUCUAAACGGGCUCCUCUCGCCAGCAAUCCAAACGUCGCCAACUCGCCUCUGCGCGCUCCUUCGCUCCUCGCCGGCUUCGUCAAGCCCAAGCGGCCCUUUGCCACGGUCCAACGCGAAGAGCCCUAUGGGCAGCCGCCGCCGGUCAAGAAGCAGGCCUUGGAGAACGGCGCUCAGAAGCCCGUCCGGUCGCCGUCGAAGCUGACCCGCCCUCCGGCACACAUUGUGAUUCCUCGCAACCCCAAUGCUGCGCCGCGGCCCGUCGUCAGGGAUCGAGCUGCCAAAGCUGCCACGGCUUCGACAACCAGAGGCGUGCAGGAUGUUGACACGGAGAAGGAGGUGUGGAAAAAGCACCACCGGGCCAAGUUCCCCAAAAUGGUCUUUUACUUUGAGAGUAUACCAGAUGACAUACGCGCAAAGCUGACCAAGAGGGUGACAUAUCUUGGAGCUCGUCAAGAGCCCUUCUUCUCAAUCGAGGUUACUCAUGUCGUCACGACUCGAGCGAUCCCACCUGAGAAGCCAGCAGCUGGAGGUGCCGAGCCUGAGGUGUCUGAGGAACAGGAGCCCCAGGAGCAGCCCCAGACCAUCAACCCGUCUCUUCUAGACAGGAACACGGCUGCCAGGCGAAGGCUGCUGUUUGAUUUUCGCCAGGCCUCUUCUGCGCCCUCACAGGUGAACGAUCCCGCGAAACGCAAGGCGGCUCGCAACAACGAUGUGCUGCACAAGGCUCGAGACAUGGGAAAGAAAAUCUGGUCUCUUGAUAAGUUUCAGAGCAUGCUCGCAGUCCUGCUCGAGUCUGAAACCCAAAGCUAUGGGUCUCGAUCCGCGAGCUCGAGGAGCCAUUACGGCACCAAGAGCUCUCACGAGCCCAACCUGUUCCAGCUCCUUCACAACGAGCGUAUCAACGGACCUUCUGAUCGUGACCCGACCGCCACCACUCGUGAGCUGACGUAUUUCAAGGGCCCGUAUCUCUACAUCUGGGACAUGGAUGAGAGGCAAAAGCCCAUCAUGGUUCGUGAGUACGCCAAGGUGGCGAACAAGACCGAUGGUGAAUGGCCCCAAUUCCGCAGCGUCGGAAACGGGCGCUGUCCCUUCGUCGAGGAAGUGGACGCCGCCGAGAAGGAGUACCGCAAAGCACGCGAGCGGGAAAAGGCGCGCUUGGCGGCCAAGGAAGAGUCUGUCCAGAUUCUCAAAGCUCCCGAGGUCCCGCCCAUGAAGCCGGUGACUGGGAAGCGCACCUUGACAGAGAUGGAAGAAGCUCACAACCGAGUUCGUGCCAGUGUCGCGGCGGAGACGUUCCAGCCGAUCAAGGCCACUUUCGCGAAGCCGCCGGCACCAUCGACCCAGAAUGCCUUUACCAGCCGAGCCGAAGGGGGCCGCACGUUUGGAGGAGAGCCUGUGGCCUCUGGUAUCCAGAACACCAUCACGUCGGCCAUUCGCUCACAGAUGAUCUCGUCGACGUCCGGCAUCAACGGCGCAAAGGCCGGAACCAGCAAGGAGGUUCAUGGGCUGCAGAGGAAAGUUUUGCAAAUGACCCAUCCGGCUUCGCACGAUGCGUCGCGCCGCCCUGCAGAGGUUCCGGCUGAGGUUGCGUCCAGCCGGUCGCUGAGCCGAACGACGUCCAAGACCAUCCAGGGCCAGGAAGACGAUGUCCAGAAGGCGGAAAAGAAGGCACCUACGCAGCAGCUUAAGAGCAAGCGAGACUUGAAGCCAGGCUACUGCGAGAACUGCCAGGACAAGUUCCGCGACUUUGACGAGCACAUCUUGUCCCGCAAGCACCGCAAGUUUGCGGAGAAUGACGACAACUGGAUCGAGCUGGAUGCUCUUCUUGCGCAGCUCAAGCGCAUACCGAAAUACUCUGCCGCUUCUGACGAAUCCGACGGAGAAUGGUAA